UUACAACUAUAUAUUUAUCUUAAUAUUAACCAAACUAAAGCAGAACACAUAAUUUAAACAUAAAACCACCAUAAUCCCAGAGAAAAAAAAUGUCAAAGAAACACUAACUCAAUAAAGGUCCAGAGCUCAAAGGCGAUCGAGAACGAAAACUAACUUACCCCACUUUAUCAUAGAGUAUCUUGGCCAGAACAAUCAAAAGUCAGUAAAAUGUAGAAAUAUAAUCUUCAGAUAAAGCAAUCCCUCGAACACAAAUGAGCGUGAUCAAGGACCAAUGCAAAGAACCAAGAAAGCGGGUUAGAGUAAGAAUAAUCAACAGAAGGCCAAAAUCACCACGAAGCAGGAAGAGACAUACAUAACAAACGAUAAGCACAACCACCAGCUAAGAGGUAAGAAGCAUCUCACAAACUAAACAAGCACAAACAAGACGCCUAUGCCGGGGAAGAACCACAAAAUUCUGGAUAGAAGGGACCAAAGCUCCAAGAGUCUAAUAUCACACAUUUAUACUAAGGGAAGAAGAGAACAACAUGAGUGAGGGAGAAAUGAAGCCAACCCCCGAGAAACAUGAGUCCAGACUUGAGACCAGAAACAAUCUUCCAAAUCUACAGAGCAUACUCAGAGGAGAACACUAUCCAAACCUAGAGUGGCAAACAUGGCGAAAGAGAGAGAGAGUCACAGAGACGCAAGCAGGGUUGAAAGCUGCAACGAGAUGAAAGAACAUAGCUGGAAGGGUAGACAAAACGAAAUCAUCAAAUCGUGGAGCCGUCCUCGAGCUAUAGAAGUCAGAUCACCAAAAACCAUAUCUUGAAAACCAAGACGAGAGGGGAGUAACAAUGGUAAGCCAACGACGAGGAAAACAACUUCAAAGACGACUAAACUCUGACUCAACCCAAAGAGAUGCAGUUCCUAACAUCAGCUAAAAUCUAAGGAAGAAGAGGAGCAUCCAAUAUUGCAUGGAGUAGCCUAAAAUGAUGCGAAAAACAACCGCACAACUGGAAACUCCUAAACCCGAUCUACAAUAAAUACCAGAAAUCUCAAGGUGAAGAAGGCGAUAAAGAACAAGAGCAUGAGGUGAGUCUUUUUUGGUGAUGAUGAGAAACACCGCAUACCAGAAACGUAAAGAAAAUACAUAGAUGUUGAAGGCUCAAUGUAAAAAUAUGGGAAAAAAACGAAAACAUCUUGAAAGUUAUAAUGUUCAAAAAUAUAAAAAAAAAUUAAAAGAAAAUUUUGACGCUGAAACCGUAUAUCUUAGAAUCAACAAAUGCAUAAAUGCAAAGUUAUUGAAAUUCAAUAUAUUUUUAUAUUAGAGGCUCACUUCACUGCUAACAAAUACUAUACAGACAAAACACAUUGUUAAAAAAACAAAGACAAAAUAUAUUAACAUAUCACUAUUACUACUACAUAACACAAUAAAAACACCAAAUAACAUUCUUAACAAAUAAAAGUGAUCACAUAAUUACAUUAUCCAAAAAAUCAUACUUUUAACAACAAUAAAACAAUAUUCCGCGCGAAGCGCGGACACCCCCCUAGUAAUAAGUAAAGUACAGAGAAAAAGCAAAUCUAACUAAAAAGAAUAUUCCAAUAUUUUAUGAUUUACAAAAUUAAUGGUAAGCAUACUGUUUUAGUAAAAUAUCUGACUGGAAUUAAAAUCAUGAGAUCAUAUGAGUUUACAAAGAACAUUACCGUUUAUAUAAUAAAAAAAUCCAAAAUCUUUCACAAAAUCAAUUGCGUUUAAAGAUGAUUACCAGCAGAAGAAGUUUGUGAAAUCAAAGAGAAGGAUCUGCUAAGUUAUGGACAUAAUCAGUGAGUUGCCUGAUGAUUUACUCUUGCGUAUUAUGUCAUUCGUUCACACAAAAACUGCGUUUGAUGCUCAACUCUUGUCCAAAAGAUGGCGAAAUCUCUGGAAAAAGUUGCCAACUCUCUACCAUGAUUACACCUUUCACAAAUCUGAAUCUCAGUUUUUAGUAUUCAUUAACAAGACACUGGAGUUACUCGAGUCUUCGGUGUUAGAGAGCUUUUAUAUCAGAAUUGUUCCAACACAAACUAGUUCUGGAGUUUUCCUCAGAGGAUGUCUACUAGCCAAGCUACAAGUGCGCGAACUUAACUUCAUCAGUAUUAUUAAUCCCGUUGCUCUACAAAUAAAGAAGGGAAUCUACCAUCUUCAAACGCUUGUGAUCUUGAGAAUUGAAUGUUGUAGUCUUGAAGAUGGUUAUGGUAACCAGAUCAUCCCAUUACAAUCCCUCAAAGUCUUGCAGCUUCGAUGUGUGAAGUAUUCCAGCGAUGCAUCUCUCUCUAAUCUCUUAUCUAGUUUACCGAGUCUCGAAGAUUUGUUUUUGGACAGAUGUUCGAGUGAUAAUAAGCCCACGAAAACUCUAUCUAUUGCGGUACGUUGUUUGCUGAGAUUGACAGUUCUUAGAUGUCCUGAUAAUUGUGAAAGUCAUCUCAUGAGGUUGAACGUUAAUGCACCUUCUUUGAAAUACUUGAACGUUGAAGAUCACUGGAGAAACGUUUCUUUUUCUGAGGAGAAGAUGGAAGAGCUCAUAGAAGCAGAUGUUAAUGCAAGUUAUAUCGAUACCGAGAAGCUUCUGACAGCUAUUGUAACAGCGAAACGCCUUUCGUUAUGUGUAGUCACUUCAAAGAUUCUGCGGGUUAAUGUAUUCUUUAAUCAACUCGUUCGUUUGGAGAUAUGCACAUGUCAACAAGAAUGGUGGAAUGUUCUUGAGAAGGUUUUGUUAAGUUCACCUAAACUAUGCAUUCUCAAGCUUCAUCAGAAACAUCUUUUUGGGACUAGAGAUCCCACGGUUAGAUGGAAAGAACCUAGUUCUGUUCCUGUAUGUUUUGCUUCUCAUCUUGAAACGUUCGAGUGGAGAGGUUAUGAAGGAACAGAAGAUGAGAAAAAAUUAGCGAGUUACAUCCUAAGAAAUGCUGGGAUAUUGAAGACUGUAACGAUCUAUCCGUUGAUCUCAAAUCCAGAUAUCAGAAGGCGUAGGAUUCUCAAAAACCAUAUGAGCAACGAAUUAGUGAAACUUUCUGGAUGGUCAUUCACUUGUAAGCUUGUUUUCAGAUGAACAAAAAGGUGAGAAAUAAGUUUGUUUUUGAUUUGAAGUUCCUAUAAUUCUCUAUUUGCUUUCUAUGGUGGUUGUUUUAUAUGGAUUUGCUGUGUUUUUCUUUGAAUAAUUCCACCAUAAUCUUCUAGUUCGUACUAGAUUCUGACAAUUCAGUAUGUUUAACCUCUGAAGAGGAAUCA